AUGUAUUCUGUGACUACUAGUGUUGAGGGUGACUGUUACCUGUGUGUACCGCCUGACCCGGGCAUUGAAGCUGCUGCUCUAGGUGCUAGUGCGUCUGCUGCCCCAGGUGCCAAUGCGUCUGCUGCCCUAGGUGCCAGUGCGUCUGGUGCCCCAGGUGCUGGUGAGUCAGCUCUCUCAGGUACUUUGUCGGCUCAGGCCUUCCACACCUUCACCCUUGACUCGGGUGCGUCCCGCUCCUUCUUUCGAGACCGCACCACUCUUACGCCGCUCAGUCGGCCGGUUGCAGUCUCCCUGGCGGACCCCUCUGGAGGUCCUGUCCUUGCUAGCUUCUCCACUGUCUUACCGUGCCCGGCAACCCCCUCUGGCACCCUGUCAGGUCUCUACCUUCCCUCGUUCUCUACGAACUUGGUGAGUGGAGCGGACCUACAGGAUAGGGGGGUUGACCAGUUCACUCCUGCGAGUCAGCGAGUGACCCACUGCACGUGUGCUCGGACAGGCCGACACUUGGCCACGUUCACCCGUCGGCCAGGGUCGAGCCUCUACACCCUUACUACUGAGUCUCCUCCGGCUGCUGAGUCUGCCCAGGUAGCUGCGUCGAGUCAGGUGUUUACUGCAGCGUCCAGGUAG